AUGGCCGAGGGGGCGAGGUUUCAUGGUAUGAUAGGCGGAGGUGGUGGCAAGGGGAUGCAGGACAAUGAGAUCAAUGGCUUCUACAACAUGCUGUAUUACCAAAAGUUUGGGGAGGGCUCUCACAUGUCUGUAGACAGCACCGAUGGCUUCAACCUGACCAAUUGUGCUGGUGGUUCUGUGGCCAUGUCAGUGGACAACAGCAGCGUGGGCUCCAACGAGUCCCGCACGGUCAUACUGAAGCACCCAGGCCUCCGUGAUGCUCCGACUGCAAGCUAUUCAGUCGGCAAUAGUGUCUUCCGACCAAACCGUGUGGCUGCACACAUGCUAAAUGAGGAUGCAUUGGCCCGGGUUUUGAUGGACCCAAAUCAUCCUACAGAGAUACUCAACAGCUACGAGCAGUGGACCAUUGAUCUGGGGAGGUUGGACAUGGGGGAUCCUUUUGCUCAAGGAGCCUUUGGGAAGCUGUACCGGGGAACAUAUAAUGGAGAAGAUGUUGCCAUUAAGCUGCUGGAGAAGCCUGAGAAUGAUCCAGAAAGAGCCCAUUUGAUGGAGCAGCAAUUUGUGCAAGAGGUUAUGAUGUUGUCUAGGCUGAGUCACCCAAAUAUUGUAAGGUUCAUAGGGGCAUGCAGGAAAUCAAUCGUGUGGUGUAUUAUUACGGAGUAUGCAAAAGGCGGCUCAGUCAGGCAAUUCCUGGCGAGAAGGCAGAACAAGUCAGUGCCUUUACGGUUGGCUGUGAAACAGGCGUUGGAUGUAGCCCGGGGAAUGGCAUAUGUUCAUGCAUUGGGAUUUAUUCACAGAGAUCUGAAGUCAGAUAACCUUCUGAUUUCAGCAGACAAAUCCAUUAAGAUUGCUGACUUUGGAGUUGCUCGUAUCGAAGUGAAAACUGAAGGGAUGACACCAGAGACAGGAACCUACCGCUGGAUGGCACCGGAAAUGAUCCAGCACAGGCCCUAUGAUCAUAAAGUUGAUGUCUAUAGCUUUGGCAUUGUCUUGUGGGAGCUAAUAACCGGCAUGCUUCCCUUCACCAACAUGACGGCUGUUCAGGCAGCUUUUGCUGUUGUAAAUAAGGGUGCUCGUCCGGUAAUCCCUCAAGAUUGCCUGCCUUCUCUAAGCCACAUUAUGACUCGUUGCUGGGAUGCGAACCCAGAAGUUCGCCCACCAUUUACUGAGAUUGUCUGCAUGCUUGAGAGUGCUGAGUUGGAGCUUGUGAGCAACGUGCGCAAAGCACGCUUCCGCUGCUGUAUUUCUGAACCCAUGACCACUGACUGA